AUGGUGUCAUCAAGGUGUUCAAUGACAGAAGAAGUGAAGAAACGUAAGAAGGCAGUGCUCUUCUGCCUGAAUGAAGACAAGAAGAACAUCAUCCUGGAGGAGGGCAAGGAGAUCCUGGUAGAUGUGAGGCAGACUGUGGACGACCCCUACAUCGCUUUUGUCAAGAUGCUGCCAGACAAGGACUGCCACUAUGCUCUCUAUGAUGCAACCUAUGAGACCAAAGAGAGCAAGAAGGAAGACCUGGUGUUCAACUUCUGGGCCCCUGAGAGGGCACCCCUUGAGAGCAAAAUGAUCUAUGCCAGCUCCAAGGAUGCCAUCAAGAAGAAGCUGACAGGAAUCAAGCAUGAUUUGCAAGCCAAUUGCUAUGAGGAGGUCAAGGACCACUGUACCCUGGCAGAAAAACUAGGUGGCAGCACUGUGAUCUCUCUGCAGGGCAAGCCUUUGUGA